AUAUGUACUGGCAUGAAGACUGCCUAAAAUGUGGCUGUUGUGACUGUAGACUAGGGGAGGUUGGUCACUCUCUUUAUACCAAGGGAAACCUAAUUCUCUGUAAAAGAGAUUAUCUUCGUCUUUUUGGGUCUACUGGGUACUGUGCAGCUUGUAAUAAGGUGAUUCCAGCGUUUGAAAUGGUAAUGCGAGCUAGGUCUAAUGUUUACCAUCUAGAGUGCUUUGCUUGUCAGCAGUGUGGACACAGAUUUUGUGUCGGCGAUCACUUCUACCUUUACGAGAACAAGAUUCUUUGUGGGCCUGACUAUGAGGAGAGAAUGGUGUUUGCUAAUCUCUCAUCCAACCCGUCCCAACUUGCUCAAAUCAAAUCUCAAACCAGGAACCUACCCUACCCAUCACAUCAACCAGGGCACCAGACCUACCCUCUACCCUACCAUCUCCCCCCGCAACAAUCUAAAGAUAUGACGCCCCUGCCACCGAUUUCCUCGGUCCGAACAAAUUCCCGUAUUCUUCAGGCCUGAAAAUCCGGGAAUAUGAAAGUGUACCACUUUGUACUCAAAACAUUCUUAAUAUGGAAGGGCACACUUUGUACUCAAUUCAUUCUUAAUACAAUGUAUAGAUGUUACUUAAGAACAACAUAUCAAUAUAGACCAAAAAUACUUUCAGUUCAAAUGUACUUAAAAAGUAAAAAAAAAAAAAAAAAAACAGUGAAUAAAUUAUAGUUCUUACUUACUUUACGGUCAGAACACUUUGUAUUACUAGAUCUAAGAAAAUCAAUACAUGUUACCGUGCAUUUAAUUAUGUAAUGUGUUUUUAUACACUUUUGGUAUUUUAUUAUACAAUUAUAAGUUUAGUUGCAAAUUUAUUAUACUUAGACACUUUAUUUCUUCUCUUCAGAAAGAGAAAGUUUUUUUUAAAUUUUAGUUCAACUAUUUUAUUGCACCAUUUCUGUAGUAGCAUAAAACUUAGAAGUAUAAAUUAUAAUUUUCUCAAAAAAAUAUUCUAGAAUAUAAGAAUUUUAUACGAUAUCUACGAAAAAAACUUAUUGUACAACACAAGGCAUUCCUUCUG